CCCGUCUCCCCGCAGUUGCCCCGCGAGUCCCGCCACUAUCGCACGUCCGUUUAGUUCAAAAUGCUAGGAAUAGACACAGAAGCACUCAUUCUCGCUGUGAAAAAACGACCAGCGUUGUACAACAAAAAUGAUCGUUUCUACUACAAUAAUAAGAAACACAAAUCUAAACUGUGGUUCGAGGUGUGCAAAGAAGUGUUUUCUACUUGGGACAGCUUCCAGCCGCAAACCAAGGUUGAACAAGGUCACGAGCUGCAAAAACGCUGGAAGAGCCUCCGCACAUGUUUCACAAGAGAACUCAGUCUUCAAAAGAGAGAGCAAGAGGAACCGUCGAAGAAAAGAAAGAGAAAGAGAUAUGAAUAUUUCAACAUGAUGUCCUUUCUGUUAGAAACGGGAGGAGAAGAUGACGAAGGAACCAGUAACACAGUUAAAGACUGUGAAAGUGAUGAUUCCUCAUCAGAUCCUUUAGAAAGCAUUAAGAAUGAGCCUUCAGUUUAUGAGUCUUCACUACAGACAGAUAACUCCGCCCAUUUCGAGAUAGAAACAGAGAUCCCAGCACAGGCUGGGACCACAACCGCUUCAUACUUAAGACCUGUGUACGAUAGAAGUGAGAAUUUGGAAGAUAAAAUUCUGGAUAUGUUGAAAGAAAUAAAGAAGGACGAAGAGGAUGAAGAUAGACAAUUUAUGCUAUCAUUGGUUCCAAGUUUUAGGAAGUUGAAAGCUAAACAGAAGUUUGAAGCGAGGAUUGAAAUCCUUAGAGUUUUGAAGGAUAUCACGUUUCAAGAUGACGAUGAACAGAAGAGUUCACAGAAUUGAGGAAGAGACUUUUGAAUUGUCUGACUCAAACUGAGUUUAUUGUCAAGUGAAUUAGGUUUUGUAUGUGGUUCCUUUGUGAAGAAUCAUGAUGUGGCUUCUAUCUAUGUAUAGUAUGGAUGACUAAUGGUAAUUGAUGCGCUGAGAAAAGUGUUGACUCAAUUGAUCUAGAAUUUGAACACCAUUUCGCUGAAACUUGUUCGUUAAAUGUGUGUGAGUUAUCAGAUAUAGGUAGGCAUUUUAAUACAAACACUGGUUUAUCUACAUUUGAUACAACUAAUACAUCUUUUCACAGUGUUUGACAUUUAAAAUAUACCUUAGAGAAAGUUUGUUUGAACAGUUUUCGAUAAUUCGGUUCAAAAUGUUUAUUGAAGUGUGAAUAACAUAGAGCAGAGAUUAAAUCGGCUCGUAGCUUUUUCGUUUGAAAACUAAUUUGCAAUUUGUUCAGUAAACUAGAACGUAGUUUCAUGACCCAGAUUUAAGUAGGCAGAUAAGUACCUAAUUAACGUUUUGUUUAUGUUUAGGCGUACAUUUGAAUUAAACAGUAUUUUUAAACGAAAA